AUGGGUGAUGUAUCCAUGAACGGAAGCCUAGAACCUCACCCUCCGCUUGCAGCACAGAGCUCUGAUUUAGCAAGGUUGGAAAUGGAAACUAAUUCUGGACCGAAGAAACUUAAGGGAAUUGACAGUAUUGAGGACCAAGAAGCUGUGGAACUUUUUUCACGAGUUAGGAGUAAAGAGAAUGAGAUUAUGAAUCUCCGUGAGCAAAUUGCUCUUGCCAGUAUCAAGGAAUCUCAGCUGUUGAAUGACAAACAUUCACUGGAACGGAAAUUUUCGGAGCUUAGACUGGCCCUUGAUGAGAAGCAGAAUGAAGCCAUAACUUCUGCCUCAAAUGAAUUGGCUAGGCGAAAAGGUGAUCUUGAAGAACAUUUGAGAUUGAUUAAUGAGUUAAAGAUUGCAGAAGAUGAAAGAUACAUUUUCAUGUCAUCUCUACUAGGAUUAUUGGCUGAAUAUGGCGUUUGGCCCCGUGUUACUAAUGCAUCUGCUCUUACAAACAGCAUAAAGCAUUUACAUGAUCAGUUGCAGAUGAAGAUUAAAAAUUUACAUGAUAGAGUUGAAGAGCUAAAUGCAAUGGCUGGAAAUCAGACCGGAAAUGGAUCUCAUAGAAUCGAGAACCACGGUCAUGGUCACGUUGGUCAACUUCCAAAUAAUUCCAUGGGUGUGGGUGGAUCUUCGGUUUCAAACCACUACGGGAAUGGACAUUAUACAGGUGCAGCUGAUUUGCCACAAUAUAUGCGAGCUAAUGAUGGCCAACAAACAGGAAGCUUGAUGCUCGAUCGUGAAACAUAUCAGUCCCCAGAUAUUUUUAAUCAUCCCAAGCCAGCAUCUAAUAAUGAUAGGGGUUUUGCAGGUUCGGAGGUAGAUGAUAUAUUUGAUAGAAGUGGUAUAAAAAUGGGAUCAGAAGAGAUGGUUAAUGAUCAGUUCUACCAUUCCCAUCAAAGCAAUGAUAGAACUGGUUCAUUAACAUCUGAAGGAGAGGGUCCUGGGAUAGAGAACUUUCAAAUUAUUGGCGAGGCUAAACCUGGAGGGAAACUUUUAGGCUGCGGAUUUUGUGUGCGUGGAACUUCUCUUUGUAUGUUCCAGUGGGUUCGUCAUUAUCCAGAUGGUACAAGGCAGUAUAUUGAAGGAGCCACCAAUCCAGAAUAUGUCGUUACUGCCGAUGACGUUGAUAAGGUUAUAGCUGUCGAGUGCAUACCCAUGGAUGACCAUGGACGCCAGGGGGAUCUUGUCAGAUUGUUUGCGAAUGACCAGAACAAAAUAACAUGCGAUCCAGACAUGCAACUGGAGAUAGACACACACAUUUCAAAUGGCCAAGCAACAUUUAAUGUUCUCAUGCUUAUAGAUUCUUCUGAAAACUGGGAAACAGCCACCCUAUUUGUGAGACGAUCUAGUUUCCAAGUUAAAGUUUACAGAACACAGGCCGUGGUGAUUGCAGAGAAGUUUUCGAGAGACUUAGCGAUAAAAGUUCCUAAUGGGUUAUCAUCACAGUUUGUUUUGACUUGCGCAGACGGCUCAUCACAUUUUUUCAGCACCAACAAUGAUGUUCGGUGUGGUGUACUCCACACAUCCAAAAAUAUACUUCAUCAACCUAACUUGGACGGCAACACAAAAUCAAGCCCUUCUAGCUAUGUGAAUGAUGGGAAAUCAUUCAUAGGAUUGCUUCAGAUCUUCACUGGUUUUGAGGCUAUUUUUCCGGCUGAGAUGGCCUCUCCUUCUGCAGUUAGUCCUUCUGGUUCUUUUGCACCUUAUGAUGCUUACAACAAGGAUUGCUCACAAGGGAUAUGUAGCAUUUAUUGUCCACAAUGGUGUUACUUGUUUUUCCCUCCUCCUCCUCCUCUUGGAGGUGAUGAUGAUGGUUCAUCAGGUACCGCAUUUUCUCCUCUGAUCAUAGCGAUAAUCGGCGUUUUGGGAAGCGCUUUCCUUCUAGUCAGCUACUAUACCAUUGUGACAAGGUAUUGCAGGAGAAGAGGCAGUAGGGAUUCACACACAGAAUUCGAAGCGCAUCGGGAUGAAGUUCAUCAAGAUCAGUGGCAGGUUGCAAAUGCUGCAGGUGGUUUGGAUGAGUCUCUCAUUAAGUCCAUCACAGUUUUCAAGUACAGGAAGAGUGACAAACUGGUGGAUGGAACUGAAUGUGCUGUUUGUCUGAGUGAGUUUCAAGAAGAGGAGAAUCUCAGGCUGUUGCCAAAAUGUUGUCAUGCUUUUCAUCCUCCUUGUAUCGAUACUUGGCUCAAAUCGCAGUCGAAUUGUCCGCUUUGUCGCUCCAAUGUUCAUCCUUACGCCCCUGUUUCGCCAUUUCCUGCGCCGAAUCCUCAAACAACUUCCUCUGCUGUUAAUGUGUCUUCUCUUGAAGUUCAUAGAGAAAAUGAUUUGGUUUUUGUGGUGGAAGAUCAGCAAAGGGAUUUAGUGUCUGUUAGCCUGGCAGGCCAUGAUUUUGAAGAUAAUCUUCCUAAGGAUACCCUUCUGGCCAACAUUGAAAUGGGAAAUUCUGAAGACAGAAACAGAGUAAAUGAUGGUGAUGAUGAUCAAGAGGCAACUCAGCAAUUCAGAAGAUCAGUGUCAUUAGGUACAUUUUCGCAUCGGCAGGGCAAUCUUUUGGUUGCUGAUAUCCUUAGAAUUGGUGAAGAUAACUGUAGCUCUGAUCAUCUAGAAGGGAUUUCGCGAUCCGGGAUCGAAAUCAAAUCAUCAAAAGUGAUCCAGGAUGGUCAGAGAAGUAGCAGGGAAGGGGAUAUGGUAGUAGCAAUAAGUCCUGAUGCAAUGAGGAGAUCUUUUUCAACUGGAAAGAUUCAUUUCUAA